AUGGCCAAGACGAUCUUGCUGCCCGCAGUCUUGCUGGUCGCGUUCCUGGGCUCCUCCCUCUCCUUUGUGGGCCUGCGAGCGGCGCCACGCCAGGAGAGCCGCACGGCAUUGCGCGGCCAAGCCGGCGCCUCCGCCACUCCCUGGACACCUGUCCUGACCCGCGACGUGGUGGAAAUCGAGUUCACUGCCCCAGCCCAGGGUGCCCGCUGCCGCUUCAUGAUCAAGUCCGAUGCGGAUGCGAGCGAGGUGCUGUCCGAGGGCCGCAAGAGGCUGGGCUUCAACCAGGAGUGGAUGCCGGACUCGGACUUCAAGAUCUACAACUCCGAGGACGAGGAGGCAGGCCCACUGAAGGGAAAGAUGAAGGACAACGGCCUCAUUGACUUCACUUACGAGGUCCACCUGUACUACGAGCCUCAGUGA